GACGCGCCCAGCAGUGGAGCUUUCAUCCUGCGGUGCGUCAGACUCACGUCCACUUCAAUGUUGUUGUGCAGGGCUGUGUGACGUUCACUUGAUCAACUACAGUAUAAAACUCCGGAACUUCAUUUAUGCAACCCCGGAUGAGUUUUUUUUAAACGGGAAAAUAUCAGCAGAAACCGUCUGGAAGUAAUCGACCCAGGAUUGUUUUAAUUUCGACGCUGAAACUUCGACGAAGAAGACAAAAAGUCCUUUUCAGUGCGACUUUUACUGUUAGCGCUUUUUUUUUUUUUUUUUUUUACUCCGCAAAGGGUCCCAGAAAUGGUGGGACACCUCCACUUACAAGCGAUGGAUGAAAGUCUCAAAGGAAAGAACCGGGAAGGGCUGCUUGACAGUCCGGAUUCGGGGUUGCCACCCAGCCCCAGUCCGCCUUUCUGCUCCCUGUCUCCGGCUCUCAUUGAGCCGCGCUCCGGCAGCUGCACGACGCCUGUGGAGAACCAGCAGGCAGCCUGGAAGAAGGACAGCAGCAAGGAGGGGAAACUGCUGCCUUAUCUGCUGCUCAACAACACUGGGACGACGGACCCCAGGACUCGCAUGUACCCUGUCUUCUAUGGCGAGAGCAUUGAAGUGGACCCCAAACCGGAGCAGGAAGUCAAGUGUACUUCAGCGGUGCGCUACGACUCUGACAAGCAUUACAGAGACCACGUCUACUGCGUCCCCGUCCCCACGGCCAUGUCCUACAGCGAGACGGUGGUGGCGGUGCCCAACUGCACCUGGAGAAGAUACAAGUCCCAAGUGUACCUGGAGCCGCGGCAAAAGGCCAUUAGUUACCAGAGUACCACCAUCGUGUACCCCAAAAACACCAAGAACAUUUACCGCACCACCCUCUCCUACAAAACCAUGGCCGCGCGCCGCUGGUUUGUCUCAAGAGUCCAGCUGGAGUCCAGUGAGGAUUCUAGUCCCUGUAUCAUCUACACAGAGGACCUGUAGGCCGUCCUCCAUGCUUUUUUUUUUUUUCCACAACUGGACGUCUAAAAACAGUUUUUCUUCUCACUCUGGAGAAAAAGCUUUUAAUUUAACAUUUGGAACUUUGUACUGAUGCGGUCUUUAAAAGGGAGUUCCUGCACUGCAUUGGCUAAUGUCUUAUUGAAUGACACACAUGCUCACCUUUGAUUCUCGGUCCCCGCAGAUUGGAUGGACCUCAGUGAAGAGAGUGAGAGUGAAUGAAAGGAUCUGAGGAUUUAAUCCUGCGUGUGUUUGUGUUAGUAUGGCCUUUGAAUAGUUUGGACCAAAAUUCUAACAGGUGUGUGAGACCUUUUUUUCCCACAGUAAAAUAAAAAUCUGGACUGUUUGCAGUUACUGAGGGUAACAUUAGGGAUGGGAUUUGUGAUUCUUUAUAAAAUGUACAUAUUUGAGUUCAGUACGAAAUAAGCCGUGAAAGUUGUAUCUCCGCAGUAUGGUAAUCGAGGGAUAAAGAGUAUGUUAAAGUAAUGUCAAAGGGAAAUGGUAUGUGUCAAGUUUGAGGGAAAUGUUACGUUAUUGAUGGUCAGUGAAGUGUCCUUGGAGUGAUGAAAGAAAAGCUGUUUUGAUGUGUUAAAAUGUGGUUUGUUUUCCUAACACUUGAUUUUUCUUACUGUAAAAAUAUUGUCCAGUUGUAUAUGUGGCAUUGAGGCACUUCAUAAUUCUCUUAUUUUUGUACGUCAGCCUUUGUUCCUGUUUUGAUCUAAUUUAAAGAUGUAUAUUCUAAAUUAAUAAAAAAUGUUAAUAAUUUCCAAGUGUAUUGUGGAUGUUUUUCCAUGUGGUUUUGAAGUGGAGUUUGUGGCGCUAUGGAUUCAUAAGCACUGGAAGCCAUUGACAAUUUAAGAGUGGAUAUUUACCGCCCCCUUGU